AUGAAAGGAAGACUCUCUUGGUUAGACAUUAGAGCGGGAGUGAAUGAAUUAGAGAAAAUCAAUGGGUGCCAUAUAAAGACAGUAUACAGCACGAGUAAAAAGGCGAUUUUAAUAAAGUUUAGCAACAAAGAACAAUUAUUAAUAGACCCACCAAGCAAAUUUCAUUUGACGCAUAAAAAUUAUGAAAAAGUGAAUUUAACGCCAUUAGCACUGUACUUGCGGAGAGAAAUAAGUAACUAUAGAGUAGAAAAAGUGACACAACUGGGGUUUGAUAGAAUUGCUGUAAUAAAGAUUAGGUCAGGAAAAGGAUGCAGGCUGUUGAUUAUUGAAAUGUAUGCUAAUGGUAAUAUAAUUCUGACAGACGAAGAACUAAACAUAAUAAACCUUUUAAGGCCAGUAGAGCAUCUGGGUGUAGUAAAAGAGGGGCAGUACUUAAUAAACCAGCCAGAGCUAGUAUUGGACAUUGCUAGGUUUAACUAUGUAAAGGGUGAUACAUUAAAAAAGAAAAUAUCCAACUUUUUAUCCCUUUCUGGCCGUGUGGUAGAUGAUGUAAUUGCUGAAAUGACAGAAGUAUUUGAGAAAGAGCUGGGAAUGAAUAGGCCACUACUUCUAAGUGAUAUAGAAAAAGAAUUAGAAAACAAUUCUCCUGAGUUUAUUAAGGUAUUUACUUCUUUCUUCAGCGAGAUAUUCAAUAAGCUAACAAGUGUUGGAAACUAUGGUGUGGUAUACUAUGAUGGCGAGAAGCCAACUAUGUUUUCAGCUUGGAAAGAAAAGCAUCCGCAGCCAGGCCAGAAAAUCAAGGAGUUUGAUGGGUUUGGAAGUGCUAUGGACGCAGCCUUUGCAGUACAAGAAAUAACAGAAACUGUAUCGCAGAAAAAGCACAGAAAGAUACGGGAGGCCCAGGAGAGAGACCUACACAAAAAAAUUGAUGAGAUGACAAUUUUGAAGACUAAAGCAGAGCUGCUUUCAGAGAACCAGGCCGAAGUAAAGAAUGUUAUCUCUGUAAUUGAAGCAGCGCAUGCAGCAAGUCUUUCAGAGAAAGAAUUUGAGCGGUUUAAAGAAUCCGAAAAGGAUAAGAACCCAACGGCAAAAAUCAUUAAAAAGGCCAACUUUGGGAAGAAAACGGUUGAUUUAAUUAUAGAUAAACAAUUGGUUACAAUUGAUUAUACUGCCUCUAUAUUUGAGCAGAUAAAUGCGCUCUACCAAAAAGCUAAGAAAAUAGAAGAAAAGCUGAAAAAGACCAGAGUUGCUCUUGAAGAGAGUAGGACUAAAGAAAUAGAGGUAACCAAGAGAAUAGAGAAAAUUGAAAAAAUUGACAGGAAUGUAUUUUGGUUUGAGAAAUUUAGAUGGCUUAUUACAAAAGACUCAGACUUAAUUCUGGCAGGAAGAGACUCAAAGCAGAAUGAAAUUUUAGUUAAAAAGCAUCUUCUAGAUACAGAUUAUUACUUUCAUGCUGAUGUAAGGGGUGGGUCAAGUGUAAUCGUUGGGGAGAAUGCAACUGUGCACACUAAAGAAGUAGCAGCUGCAAUGGCUCUGCAUCUAUCAAAGGCCUGGGAAAACAGUACUAUAACAGAAGUUUACUGUGUUCGGGGGGAGCAAGUCAGUAAAACAGCUCCAGCUGGUGAGUACUUAACACACGGGAGCUUCAUGAUCACAGGUAAAAAGGAAUUUUAUCACCCAACAAAGCUAGAGUAUGGGUUUAGCAUUAUGUAUAAGCUAAAAGACAAAGAAAUAGAAAUAUCUGAUGACAACAGACAAGUAUCUGGGUUCACUGCUAACCCAGCAUCAGAGGAAGAAAUUGAAUUUGCAAUUCCUGUUAUGGGCCCAUACAAAUACUUAGAGGGAAAGAAGUGCAGGCUUUUACCCGGAUCUGCUAAGAAGGGAAUGAUUAUAAAAGAGCUGCUUGCUAUUGCAGAGCAGGAACGGCCUGCUUCAUUCAAGAAGUACAUUAGAAAUAUCACAGAUAAGGAAAUGGAGCUAACCGUAAUAGGAAAUUCAAAGCUGUCCCAUGCAGAAAUUCUAAAAAGAGGAGAAAAAUCGCUAUUUGCGCGAAAGACAAAAACAAAGAAGAACAAAAACAAAAAAACACCUGAUUCAGACUAAUUUUUAGUAAUAAACUGUUUACUGUGUACUCAAAUAAAUAAAUAUCUG